UAAGAUUUAUAGAAUUAACUAUAAAUCCAUUUAUUUUAGCCAGACUUAAAUAUAUUUUAUUUCUGAGGAUUUUUUCGGAAACACUAUUCCGGAAUCCUACCGGAAAUAAGUUGGCAAAUAGAAUAGCAUUUCCUUUUAUGACGAGGCAAUUUCGGGAGAACGGUGAGAUAACAGUCGAGACAACAUUUUAAUUUUUUAUAAGAUUCAGAAGCUACGGAAAAUAAGUUAAAUUGUAGAAAAAACAUGCCAAAAGAAAAAUCAACGAGGGCGAAAAAGAAGAAGGGAGGUGAUGUUAUGAGAAAGGGGCGAACAAAUAAAAAUGUGGAAGGUCCAGUUGAAUUUCAAGAGCAGACGACAAUGGAGACAUCAACAAAUAACGGAUUUGAGGGAGAAAUGGAUGUAUCACCCAGAGAUGAACCAUCGGGAUUCCGCAUGGAGAAUUCCAGGGAAACCAUUCGAGAACAACAGGUAUGGGUAGUGGGCUCAUCAAUAGUCAAAAGAGCAUUUUUAGCAGCUAGAAUCAGACCAGAUGGAGUUAACUUGGGACUAAUGGAUAGAUUAAAUGUGUCUAUUUGGUGGCAAGGAAAAGGGGGUAUGGGCUGGUAUGAAAUGUACAACAAGAUCAAAACAUUGCUGAAAGUUGCUGACCCUCCUGAUUACAUUAUUCUACAUUGUGGUGGUAAUAAUAUUGGGUACACACCAAUCAAACAGCUUAUACAAGAUAUGAAAGGUACAAUUGACAAAAUUUGGAAACUUUUACCCAAUACAAAGCUUGUAUGGUCACAAAUAUUGCCUAGAAAGAACUGGUAUUCAUCAGAUAGCAUAGAAAAAAUGAAUAAUUCUGCAAAAAGAAUCAACAGUUCAGUGGCGGCUUAUAUAGUAAGGAAUGGGGGAUGUUAUAUCAAGUAUUUGGAUAUCAAACUUGUAAACACAAAUCUUUUUGAGGCAGAUGGGGUCCAUAUAUCAAAUAUAGGCAAUGAAAUUUUUCUCAACAACAUUAGUGCAGGGUUAGAACAAUUUAUAACGAAUGGAUGGCAAGUGUAUCCAAAGUUAUACUAGAAUUUGGACGGGGUAUUUUGUGGCAAGGUCUUGGCUCCAGGAACUAGCCGCUUCCCCCCCCCCCCCCCCCCCCCCCUUGGUGGCGGUGGCUUCAAUGGUUAAUAUUGUAACCAUUUCCGCCAUGUGGAAGAAUGCGCGUCUGGUUCCUGUGAUUGGACAUUGAAUGAUUUGAUUGGACAAUAUUGUAUGUAUUGAAUUAUUUGGUGACAAUUUGGUCACAUAUAUAUAUGAUACACUUUGAUUGCCGCUCACCGGAAUCAUAGUCAUAUGGUUUUUUGUUUAAUUGAAAAUUGACAUUUUAAUGAUUGAUGUUUGGGGGUGAUUGCAAAUCGUCUCAUUGCCGUCAACCGGAAUGAGAAGAUCUGCGAAAUUUGUUGCUUGAUUUUAUGAUAUAACAUUAGGCAAUGAUGUGUUUUUGGCCUGUACCAUUUGGGUGUCAAUACACAGGUGUAAUUUACAUGGUAAAAUUUUAAUGUAAAACUUUAAAAUUUUACUCAUUGCCUAGUUGCCAAGACCAACAACAGCCACAAUGGGGAGGGGGGUGUUGUUAUAAAAUACAAUAAGUGCAAAAAAUAAACUUGUAUAUAGGUAAACAUAAUGUUAUGUCUUUAUUUCCAUCCCAGGACAAGGUCAGCUUACAAGUACAAUGUACACUACAAACUGCUAUCAUUUUGAAGUUUUGCAAGGCUGGUCUAUAAUAAUAAGAUUUAUAGAAUUAACUAUAAAUCCAUUUAUUUUAGCCAGACUUAAAUAUAUUUUAUUUCUGAGGAUUUUUUCGGAAACACUAUUCCGGAAUCCUACCGGAAAUAAGUUGGCAAAUAGAAUAGCAUUUCCUUUUAUGACGAGGCAAUUUCGGGAGAACGGUGAGAUAACAGUCGAGACAACAUUUUAAUUUCCCUUCCCACCCAUCCCAAAAAGUUGUAAGAAUAUGUACUGCGGAAAAUGUUUUCAAUUUUUCAGGUGAGCUCGAUUCUUGGAUAUAGUUCUGGUUAUGGGAAAAGAAACAAAUACAAUGGAGUGUGUUUGAAAAGACUGUCUUGGCAACUUGGGGCCAGAUAAAGUACAUUUUUGAUUACGGAACACAAGAAGAAUGCGCGUCUGGUUCCUGUGAUUGGACAUUGAAUGAUUUGAUUGGACAAUAUUGUAUGUAUUGAAUUAUUUGGUGACAAUUUGGUCACAUAUAUAUAUGAUACACUUUGAUUGCCGCUCACCGGAAUCAUAGUCAUAUGGUUUUUUGUUUAAUUGAAAAUUGACAUUUUAAUGAUUGAUGUUUGGGGGUGAUUGCAAAUCGUCUCAUUGCCGUCAACCAGAAUGAGAAGAUCUGCGAAAUUUGUUGCUUGAUUUUAUGAUAUAACAUUAGGCAAUGAUGUGUUUUUGGCCUGUACCAUUUGGGUGUCAAUACACAGGUGUAAUUUACAUGGUAAAAUUUUAAUGUAAAACUUUAAAAUUUUACUCAUUGCCUAGUUGCCAAGACCAACAACAGCCACAAUGGGGAGGGGGGUGUUGUUAUAAAAUACAAUAAGUGCAAAAAAUAAACUUGUAUAUAGGUAAA